AGUUUGCGAUAUGGCGGGAACCCGGCGAAUGUCGUAGGCACAGAUACCUGUUGGCAAAGAGUUUGAGGUGUUAUAUGCAAUGACAUGCUUGUAAUUUGUCCAUGAAUCAAGUUCGUUUUUCUGUGUCGGUGUGCCAACAUUUCUCCACAAUGCCUGGCAAAGCGAAGUUGGCGUGUCACCAUGGUCCCACCAACACAUUUACUGUGACCACACCUAUUGGCAACAUGGAACUGAUCAGCUGCCCGAAGGGUUUGCAUUUCCUCAAUCAAGGGGACAGCAUCAAUGAUGACAACUUUAAGCCAGACUUAAGUGUGAAGGUGGAGGUGAAAUCCCAGCUGUACCAGGACAACGGCUACACCUACAAGCCAGCCCUGGUCUGUGUCGAUUGGUUGACAGCUUACUUUAAUCAGGCUAACCUGGAGAAAGACCCAGUCAUGCCAACAAUAUGUCCAUCAGUUGUCAAAGAGGGGUCAUUUACAGCUCGAGUUUGGAAAACUCUGCCGGAGCAAGUUGGAUUUGGACAGACCAUAUCAUACGGAGAACUCGCCAAGCUUUGUGAAAGCCCUAGAGCUAGCCGAGCAGUUGGUAUGGCAAUGGCUACAAAUGUCAUUCAGCUGAUAAUGCCAUGUCAUCGUGUCAUCAACAGCAAUGGGCAGCUGGGAAAUUAUGCAUGGGGCAAGAAAAACUCAGUGAAAGACUGGCUACUGCGAUACGAAGGGGCCAUACAUUGACAGUAUGACCGACAUGUUGGCAUUUGGUCCAGUGCGUUGUGGCCAUAGAUGAGUUGCCUGGAUAUCACAUCAUAUAUUGUAACCAUUAAGGUGAUUCGCUAUAUUAUGUUUUGGCUGCUAUUCUGCAAAGUCCCUCAUUCCAAGUUAUGUUUGUGUGCCAAUUAGGUGUAGUGUCUUCGUGGUAUUUCUGUAAUGAUUGUAUGAAUAGGAGAGAUGUGACAGUAAAUUGCAUAACAUUUAGUACAGGAUAGUACAAUAUGAUACUAUUAUGUUGUUCAUUUUUGUUUUAGGUGAAAAAAAUAAACACAAAUGGAAAUGUACAUUUUUUAAAGCAUCUAUUUUAUUUAAAGUGAGGCCCAUAAUCCAACUGCAGUAUUUGCAUUGCAAUCUGCAGCACUUUUAUUUUUACAUACCACAUCUGGCAAUCAGCUACUUAGAUCUUGCCACGGGAUAUCUUCAUGUAUGCUCUGUCUAGAAGGAAAUGUUAAUUCAACAGUUUCAAGUGAAUUUACUUUUGAAAUGAUAGCUUGUCAGGAACAAGUGCUUGGGCAAGCCUUUUCAGGAUAUUCUGAUUAACAUGUACAAACUUUCCUAACACCUUAACAGUCAAAUUCAAUUACAGUGUAUUAUUAAUCUAUUUUCUAUCAUAAAUAUCCUGGGUUUAUUCACCUCUAAGCUUUAUAAGUGACAUCACCAUCUCCAAUCUGUUACUGUUAAUUUUACACAGAAUUGCCUUUUGAUUGGACAGCUAUUUUUAGCAUUGUAUGUUGAGCUUGGGGCAGCUGUCCCAGGUAUUUACCAUAACAGAAUGAAUGUAUAAAUCACUGGAUAAUCAAGUGUGGCUGGAAGAUCAGAAGUGCCUGCCUAUAUUUGAGAUAGAAUUUUUUCAUAUUUCCUGCUGUGAGCAGUUGUGUGAAAGCAUUACCUUCCUUGUGAACAGAUUAAAGUGCUAAAAUGU